GGCUAGAGGCAGUAAGUGCUGAUAACUAAUUCAUUGUUGAGUACAGUGCUAUGUAAACUGUUAACCACAAGGAGAGAGUAUAUCAAACAUCAAAACAGGCAUAGUAGGAUAUAUAGUACCAAUUAUCAGAGGAAUAGCAUGAACAAAGAAAUGAAGCAGCUUGUUCCAAUGCUGUUCCUAAUACUGGCUUGUAUCAUCAUUGAUAAAGGAGAAGGAUCUUAUUGUAUGUCUACUGACUGUACUAAUGCUGGAUCAUAUCAACAUGGUGGACUAGGACUGUAUCUAAGAGUAUGCUGUAAUAUUAGUAACUUAGGACAGUCUGUUACUAACAGUGACACUGGUAUUAAUAGAUAUAUUCUCUGUCCUAAAGUACGACCAAAGUCCUGUCCAGCAAUGUCAUGCCAGGAGAUUCUUGAAGCCAAUCCAAAAGCAGUAUCUGAAGAUUACACUAUUGUGUAUCCAAAUGGCACUACAUAUACAGUUUAUUGUAAAAUGGACACCACAGACUGUGGAGAAGGAGGAUGGACAAGGAUAGCUUACAUCAACAUGACUGAACCUGGAGCUACAUGUCCUGAUGGAUUUGUCACUAAAGACUAUUAUAACAUUGAUCACAGUUUAUGUGGAAACAAUCUCCCAAAUCCAGGAUGCCUAUCAGUAUUCUUCUCUACUAAUGGUUUGAAUUAUUCUAAAGUAUGUGGGCAGAUUAGAGGAUAUCAAUAUCACUCACCAGAUGGAUUUCAAGGAUCUUUGUCAGUUGGUCUUGAUAGCUAUUAUGUCUGUGGUUACUCUAUUACACGUGGAAACCCUCGCCAGCAUAUAUGGACAUACGCUGGUGGUAUUCAUCAAAACAACUUACAAAAUUAUGACUGUCCAUGUAACACUGGUUUCACUCAUAACCUCCCACCAUCUUAUGUUGGCAAUGAUUACUAUUGUGAAUCAGGAUUACCACUUAAUGAGGGAUUUACUAGUUUACUUUAUCCUAAUGAUCCAUUGUGGGAUGGUCAACAGUGUCUUGGAUUAGAGGGCCCUUGUUGUACUAAUAGUCCUAACCUGCCUUGGUUUAAUAAAACACUGAAUGGAGUUAGUAACACUAACUACAUUGAAGUAAGGUCCUGUGUCCUAUAUACAUCUACUGAUGAAGAUACUCCACUUGAUAUACUGGAGUUAUAUGUCAAGUAGAACAGGAUCUAUCCCAUUUGCUUCUCUCAUAUUCACCUUGACCUUAUGUAUUAGGUUUUUUUGUGUGUUGCUCCAGUUAUACUUGAUAAUGCUUUAUCUCUUUAUACAUUUAGUUGUUAUUGUUAUUAUGAUUUAUUAGUAUGAUAAU